CGAGGUCAAAGUUUUAUUAAUAGCAAGUGAAAAAUAACAGCAUGUUAAUCAUAUUAUUUUCCAAUAAUUCUUCCAGUAAACAAAAUUUAAGUAAAGUAUUUUAGUUGAAAUGAAAAGUCAAAGUGAAUGGAAUCCCUGUACACACUUGAUGGCUAAAAUUCCUGAAGUUAAUUACGGAAUUAUAGUUUUAAAUACACCUAUAGAUUUUAAUUUUAACUCACAAUUUAUUAUAAAAAUGUGGAAUAAUGCUAAAGUUCGUGUAACAGUUGAUGGGGGUGCUAAGAGAUGGUUAAAUUGGUUGGAAGCUAAUAGAUAUGAAUUAAAUGAUGUUUUAAUACCGGAUUUAUUGACAGGGGACUUGGAUUCCUUACAUACAGAAGUUUUGGAAAUGUUUCGUAAAUCUAAAACAAAAGUUGUUGAAACUCCUGACCAAAAUAAAACAGACUUUACAAAAAGUCUUGAGCAAUUGGACAUUUAUUGCAAACAAGAAAAUAUUAAAAUAGACACUGUUUUUGUGUUGGCUGAUACUUGUGGCCGUUUGGACCAAAUUAUGGCUAAUUUAAACACCAUGUAUAAAGCCAAUAGCAUAUUAGAAGAUGUGGCAGUUUUUCAAAUAGCUAGUAAUUCUUUAUCUUGGGUCUUACAUAAAGGGGAACAUAGGAUACUCAUACCUGAAGAAUUAAGAAGCAACCAUGAAUGGUGUGCUUUAUUACCUAUAGGAAUGCCAUGUCAAGUGACUUCAACAGGAUUAAAGUGGAAUUUAGAAAAUGGGACACUACAAUUUAAUGGAUUGGUUAGUUCAUCUAAUACUUAUGAUGAUUUAUCGCCUGUUGUGACGGUUCAAACUGACAAUCCACUAGUUUGGUCGAUGGGAAUAGAUACAUUAUUUUAGAAUUAGGUAUUAUUAAUUAUUAAGCUUAAAGUCUUUUUGUAUAUAUAAUAUCGGGCCUCUAUAUGAUAAUAUUUAUUAAUAUACAUUAUAUUUUUAAAAGAAUAAGAGGAA